AUGUUUUUUCUUUUUCUUCAUUUUUUCUUUUUUUGUUCUUUUUCUUUUUUCUUUUCCCUUUGUACCGUUUUAUCUGUUUAUCAUUCUUUUACAUCUUUCUCAUAUUUUAUUUCAUUUUGCUUUCCUUCCCUUUCUUUCUUUCUAUUAUUUUCCUUUUUCUUUUUGUUUUCUAAUUUCCUUAAAUUUUCUUUCCUUUUUCUCCUCCUCAUUUUCUUUUAUUUCUUUCUCUUUUCCUUCCCUCUUUCAUUCCCUUUAUUUCUUGGCUUUUCUCUUAUUUCUUCUUUCUUUUCAUUUCUUUCUCUUUCUGUUUACUUUUCAUUCUUUUCUUUCUUUCGCUUUCUCUUCAUUUUAUUUUUCCUAUCCAUUUUCCAUUUCUUUUACUUCCUUUCUUUUUAUUGCUUGUUCAUUUCUUUUUUUCCUUUUUUUUUUCUUUUUUCUCUUUCUUCUCUCUUUCAUUCUUUCCUAUUUUCCUUUUACUUUCUUUUUAUAAAUAUUGCUUCCUUUCUUUCAUUCUUUUUAUUUCUUUCACUUUCUCUUGUUACUUUUUCUCUUUUUAUUUAUUUCCUUUCACUUCAUUUUUCCUUCAUUCUAUUCUCUCCCUUGCCUAUCUCAUUCUUUUUAUUUCUUCAUUUUCUCAUCUUUCCUCCUUUCUUUUUUAUUUCUUUCACUUUCCUUUCCUUUUUUUCCUUUCUUUUUUAUUUCUAUCUCUUUCCCUUACUUUUCUCCUUUCUUUUUUUAUUUCUUUCUCUUUCCCUUACUUUUUCCUUUAUUUUUUAUUUCUUUCUCUUUCCCUUCCUUUUUCUUAUUUCUUUUUUCUUUUCUUUCUCUUUCCUCUCCUUUUUCUCCUUUCUUUUUUCUUUCUUUCUCUUUCCCUUCCUUUUUCUACUUUCUUUUUUAUGUCUUUCUCUUUCUCUUCAUUUUUUACCUUUCUUUUUAAAUUUCUUUCACUUUCCUUUCCUUUUUUUCCUUUCUUUUUUAUUUCUUUCACUUUCCUUUCCUUUUUUUCCUUUCUUUUUUAUUUCUUUCUCUUUCCUUCCUUUUUCUCCUUUCUUUUUUACGUCUUUCUCUUUCUAUUCAUUUUUCUCCUUUCUUUUUUAUUUCUUUCUCUUUCCCUUCCUUUUUCACCUUUUUUUUUAUUUCUUUCUCUUUCCCUUCCUUUUUCUCUUUUCUUUUUACUUCUUUCUCUUUCUCUUCCUUUUUCUCCUUUCUUUUUUCUUUCUUUCUCUUUCCCUUCGUUUUUCUUCUUUCUUUUUUCUUUCUUUCUCUUUCCACUCCUUUUUCUCCUUUCUCUUUUAUUUCUAUCUCUUUCCCUUACUUUUUCUCCUUUCUUUUUUAUUUCUUUCUCUUUCCCUUACUUUUUUCCUUUCAUUUUUAUGUCUUUCUCUUUCCUUUCCUUUUUCUCCUUUCUUUUUAUUUCUUUCUCUUUCCUUUCCUUUUUCUCCUUUCUUUUUCUCUUUCUUUAUUUUAUUUCUGUUUCCUUCAUUAUUCCUUUCUCACCAAAUCUUUCUUUUUCUUCUCCUUCAUAGGGUGAAUAUACAUAUUCUCUAUAUCUAUCUAUGUAUCUAUCUCUCCACGUAUCUAUCUAUCUUAGUUUAUUCAUAUAUAUCUAUGUUUCUAUCUACUCCAAACUGUUCAUAUCUAUCUAUAUCAUAUCGAACUGUAUUGUAUCUAUUUAACUCUAUCUGUCUGUAUAUCUAUAUAUCUAUCUAUCUAUGCAUCAUAUAUUCUGUUCUUGUCUAUCUAUCUAUCUAUUUAUCUAUGGUGGAUGAUAUCUAUCUCAGUCUAUUCAUAUCUAUCUUCUAUAUAUCUAUCUAUCAAUCGAUCUAUCUAUCUCUGCAUCAUCUAUAUAUCUAUGUCUAUCAGUCUAUUCAUAUCUAUCUAUCUAACCCUGCAUCUAUCUAUCUCCCUAUGUAUCUAGCUAUCUAUCUCAGUUUGUUCCUAUCUAUCUAUCUAUCUAUCUAUCUAUCUAUUCAUAUGUAUCUAUGUAUCUAUCUAUUCCAAUCUGUUCAUAACUAUCUAUAUCAUAUCGAGCUGUUUUGUAUGUAUGUAACUAUCUAUCUAUCUAUUUAUCUAUCUAUCUAUACCAGUCUCUUCAUAUCUAUCUAUCUAUCUAUCUAUUUAUCCUAA